GCCUAAAGCAAAGCUGAUGCUGGCUCGUUUAAAAAUAGUAUAGUUUCUUACAAUUGGAAAUACACUUUGAAUUCCGAAAUACUUUACUUGAGCCAGCUAAGGUGUAACCAUGGUAAUGUCAGCUCAAUAGUGAGUGUUCAUCAUCGGUUAGACAGCAGUCUCAGUAAUCAUGUCGGAAACAGCCUCUUCAGUUGCCACAAACUCUGUGGCAGAAUCCAAGCUGGGCGUUGCAUCUAAGACUGUUACAACAGCUGCUCAUCAGUUGAGUAAACCAGGCAGCAGGGAGCCUACAAGCCGGCCAACCUUUGACAAUGAUGAAUUUAUGGCAGCUGCCAUUGGAGACACAGCAUGGCUGAAGCAGUCAUUGAGAUCAGGGAGAGAUCCAUCUCAGUAUGAUAGAAACGGUCUAGCAGCCAUUCAUCUCGCUGCACUCCACGGCAGACUGGAAUGUUUGAAACUCCUGGUGGAGAAAUACAAGGUGGAUGUUAACCUUCCCAGCAGCACGGGCUGGAGACCAGUCCACCUUGCUAUCAACAGCAGAACUGGCAAACGUUCUCUCAGCUGUGUGCAGUAUUUGCUGGACCAAGGGGCUGAUGCCUCACUUGUAAAUGAGGAUGACUUAACACCUGCUCACCAAGCAGCUAUAGAGGGUAGUGUCAAGUGCCUAGAGGCACUGAUCAACUCCAACGCUGCCAUUCACUUGCAAGAUAACAAGGGCCAUCUACCACUUGACUAUGCUAAGAUCUGGGGUCACAGGAAAUGUGCCCGGAUUCUAGCAUCUGAAAGCUGGAGGCAAGGUAAAAAUUAUCAGGCUGGUGAGAUGGAGAAACUGAAACACCUUCGCACCUUGAAAGAGGAUGAUGACAGGGACGCAGAGGAAUCCCAGCUGGCACAUAAGGAAUUCUACGGCAGUUUGUCCUUCACGAAUUGGCUUGAUGAGAAGGGGCUUCAACCGAAGCCGAUUGGGCCUCCUCUGAAACGAGUAUCUCGACCUGACAUAAUACUGAAAAUGGGAGAUUCUAGAACCACUAAAAAUAUGAUGUAUAAAGCAAACAGCAUGACUCAAGGCAAGCAAAGAAGUCCACCAAGGGAUCAACCACGUACUAGCAAGCCUCAGCAGAAGGGAAGAGUUUCAGACGUGUUGGCAAAGCAUAAACCAAACAAAAAGAAUGUGGCACAGCAACGGGAUGGAAAGCAUAGUCCUCAUGUGGCAUUUGUCAACGUACCUGAUGGCAAAACAAGGCCGUGCAUGGAAACGGCUGUGAUACCUGACCUGCCACAGGACGUUGUAGAAAGGGUGAUUGAGCAGAAGCCUUCGCCCCAUGACCGGCCGCUGGAGUUCAAGUGCAAGAAUAUCAUUGACGCCCAGCACCGGCGGCUGUUCACUGGUGAUGUCAAGACCGAGUCAGAGAUGUACGCACACAUCUCAGACAGCCUGGACUCUCGACUGUUUCCUGGUAAUUCUAGACUCUUGCUGGAGACGCAUGCCAGCUCUCGGUCCGGUCACAGCGAGGAGUCUAGUGGCUCAGGCAACAUUGAUGUAGAAAGGGUUGCUAAGAUGAUGAAGGAAUUAUCUAAGCCACCACGAUUUCCUCCGAUUGAAGGACACAGUUACAAGUACUCUUUUGAAGUCAUGUGAUGAAUUAAAUAUCUGAACUUCUUUUUGCCACAGUCACUGACAGUGACAGCUUACAAUCAACUGCAAACUACAAAUGUUUGUCAUUUCAAUGCAGUGUUUUUACAUAGUAAACACAUCAUUUGUGUUUAUAUUAUGCAUUUAGUCAAUGAAACUUUGCAUGGUAAUUAAAGUUUUGUAUCAGUAUUACUGUAAACAAACAAAUGUAGUUUCAGCAUUGAGGUGAAAAUGAGAUAUUUUCCUUACUUAAGCUUCCAUAUACUGUACAGCUGGCCAGCCCUGAAGCAUUAUUUGUUUAGAAUCAAGAAUCCAAAAAGCUGUUGCUAAUUAUGCUUCAAGCGUUCACGCAAUGACUUUUGUUUAUUGCAUGCUUUUCAUGCAAUUUUAUAUUCUUGUAAUAAAUGAAAACUAUCGGAUGACCCUUUUGAGCCGCAUGUAUUGGAAACAGCACCGUUUUAAACAUUUAAAACUGACCAUGCUUCUCUGGACAACAGAGGGCACUAUUACUGUGAUGUCAAUCAUAGAUGACACAAUUUCAGAUGUUUUUUAUUUUAAUUGUGAAACCAAACUUUGCUUAUAAAUUCAAUGCAUUUAUGAACAAUUUACCAAUUGGCUUACUGCCAAGCACUUUUAUUGAAACCAGUCACCUCCAAAUUGUUGGUAAUUUGACUUAUGAUCAUGUAAAAAGGUAUCAACAGCCUUUUUGAACUGGUAACCAGGAAGUAGAAAACAAAGACACCUCAAUCAUAGGUAGUGAGUCCAAACUAGCUGAGAGUUCAUUACAUGGCUUUUGCUAUUCUUACAAUUUUAAUUUUACCAUGUCCUCCCGCAAGGCUUCCACAGCGCCUUAAUUUUGGAAACACAUGGCACUGCAACCACUGAUCUCCAAACACAGAGGGGACAGCAUAUGUAGUCUCAGCAAUUCCAAUCAUUGGGAAAAAUCUGCAUAAUGUAUUGUUUCCUAAGUGGUAAUGGGGGGGGGACGGUGCUUUUUCACACCUAUUGAAAUAUCAGGAUUUUUCGUGGAGAUCAGUAAAAGCAACUUGUGCUGUAGUAAUAGCAAUUUUACAUCUGCAUUUAUGUCAUAGAGGAGUGCUUGUGAAUUGUACAUACCGUGUACUUGUCAAGACGAGUUGGGUGCAACAUCUUAUGGGGGAACUGGAAAAUUCUUCUUUUAAUUUCAAAUAGUCACACCUCUUAGUAAGAGGUACAUGUACAUGUACCUGAAAACAACGAAGAACAAUUUAUUAGGACUGAGACCUAAAGUUUACCUCGUUAAAAGAAGAAUAUUGUAUAAAAAUGCUCACAUUAAGGAGCUUUGACUAGUUUGCAUCAGUUUUACAUUUGCUGAAACAAAAGUCUCUAAACCAGAAUCCAUGGAUGAGAUGAACUUAUCAAAACACAAACUGUCUUCUAGAGCCUUUUACAAGCUUAAAUAUACCUGUAAUUCCCAAUGGGUCACCUUGAGAGGUUGGUUUUGCUAUGCCACUCACAGCAGUCAAUAUUUGCAUGCUUCUCUGGCCAGGUUUGUGAAAUGAGAUAUUCAUUCACUGUACAAUACAGUCAACUCUCGAUAUAAA